AUGGAUCCCCUUGGCUGGGCCCAGCUACAACGUUCAUGGCGCUUCUGUCUCACUGGUCUGCUAUUGCAGCUGCUUCUGGCUGUGUGCUUCUUCUCCUACCUGCGUGUGUCUCAAAAUAAUGCCACUGGGUCCCCUAGGUCAGGGCUCACCAUAAUGGAACCUGUCACCAUGGCUCCCAGUGUGUCGGCGGGGCUCCCCACCCUCCCACCCUUGCUGAUCCUGCUGUGGACAUGGCCAUUCAACAACCCCGUGGCUCUGUCCCGCUGCUCGGAGAUGCGGCCUGGCUCAGCCGACUGCCAGCUGACCGCCAACCGCAGCAUGUACCCGCAGGCAGACGCAGUCAUCGUACAUCACCGGGAUAUCAGCUCCAGGCCACAGUCGCAGCUCCCACCUUCCCCGAGGCCACCAGGGCAGCGCUGGGUGUGGUUCAGCCUGGAGUCACCCAGCAACUGCUGGCAGCUGAAAGCCCUGGACGGCUACUUCAAUCUCACCAUGUCCUACCGCAGGGACUCAGACAUCUUCACACCCUACGGCUGGCUUGAAACGUGGCCUGGCCAGCCUGCUGAUGGGCAGGUCAACCUCUCGGCCAAGACCAAGCUGGUGGCCUGGGUGGUGUCCAACUGGAAGGCGGAUUCGGCCAGGGUGAAGUACUACCAGAUGCUGAAAACUCAUCUCAAAGUGGACGUGUACGGAAAGGCCCACAUGCCGCUGGCCCAGGAGACCAUGAUGGAGCAGCUGGCCCAGUACAAGUUUUACUUGGCCUUUGAGAACUCUCUGCACCCUGACUAUAUAACCGAGAAGCUGUGGAAGAAUGCCCUGCAGGCCUGGGCCGUGCCCGUGGUGAUGGGUCCCAGCAGGAGCGGCUAUGAACAGUUCUUGCCUCCCGAUGCCUUCAUCCACGUGGAAGACUUCCAGAGCCCCAAGCACCUGGCCCAGUACCUGCAGCUGCUGGACAAGGACCAUGCCCGCUACCUGAGCUACUUUCGUUGGCGGGAGACUCUGCGGCCUCGCACCAUCAGCUGGGCCCUGGCUUUCUGCAAGGCCUGCUGGAAGCUGCAACAAGAAUCCAGGUACCAGACAGUGCCAAGCAUAGCUGCUUGGUUCACAUAA